GGUCACCACCGAGAGUACAGUGGUACGGGCCGAUGCUCAAGAAUGACUGAAGCGACUGAAGCAGUUAUUACCACAGGCAGCAUACGUGCACAUCUAGAGGGAAGAUUUCAUGGCCGUGUAGCCAUUGUAACCGGUGGCGCGUCUGGUAUUGGUAAAGCUACGGUAGAAAGGCUAGCACGCGAAGGAGCGAGUGUAGCCAUUCUCGAUAUCAACGACGAGCUUGGUCAGCAAGUAGAAACGGAUUUACGAUCGUCAGGUAACAAGGUAAAAUUCUACCACGUCGAUGUCGCUAACAAGGAUAUGUGCGCGCACGUAGUAGGCUGUGUAGCGGCUGACCAUGGAAGCGCCGUCCAUAUCUUGGUUAACAACGCUGCAUACUUUGGAUCAAAAGGCCUAGAUGUAGAAGAGAAAGACUGGCACAAAACUAUGUCUGUGAAUGUGCAAGGUUAUGCCAACAUGGUGCAAGCUUGUCACCCAUACAUGAAAACAGCAUGCGAUACCGGUCCAUCAGGAGCUGUGGUAAACCUCGCCAGUAUAAGCGCCCAUCGAGCUCAGCCCGUGCACUGGACAUACUCGUCGAGCAAAGGUGCCAUUAUCUCCAUGACCAAAUGCAUGGCGCUAGACCUGGCCAAGGACCACAUCAGGGUCAACUCGCUAUCGCCAGGGUGGACGUACAGCCCUGAGGUAGCCAGGGCGGCUGGGGAUGACCGCGCGAGAUGGGAGCCUCUCUGGGGUCCCUACCACAUGCUCAACAGGCUAGGGGAGCCCGCUGAGAUAGCAGCAGCUAUCUCCUUUCUCUGCAGUGAGGAUGCGUCUUUUAUAACUGCCGCUGACCUUCCAGUGGAUGGAGGGUACCUUGGAAUGAGCGCCGAGGGUUUCGGGAAAAACUCCGUAUUUGCCGGCUCGGGGAAUUAGUGAAUCGAAAAUUCAUAAAACAAUAUAGACAUUUAAAGUUUUCUCUUAUCUGUUAUGUUGCAAAGUAAACUAAAUAACGAACAUUGAUCUUAGGCCUGGCUAAACUAGGCGACAUGUCGAGCGCGACAAGAAGCGUGAUGUAGCAAGCUACAUGUCUUCUAGUUUAGCUAGGCCCUUAGUAAAUCUCAUCAAUGAACACGCUUUUGACACAAAAAUGGCGGACACUUGCAGGUCCCGAAUGCACGCAGGGUUCCCGUACAUAGCGCAGGGUUCCCAUACAUAGCAUAAUGUUCUUAAACAUAGCGCAGGGUUCAGUUUCAAAGCGCAGGGUUCCCAUACAUAGCAUAAUGUUCUUAAACAUAGCGCAGGGUUCCUAAACAUAGCGCAGGGUUCCCAUACAUAGCAUAAUGUUCUUAAACAUAGCGCAGGGUUCCCAUACAUAGCAUAAUGUUCUUAAACAUAGCGCAGGGUUCCUAAACAUAGCGCAGGGUCCCCAUACAUAGCGCAGGGUUUCCAAACAUAGCGCAGGGUUCCCAUACAUAGCGCAGGGCUCCCAGACAUAGCGCAGGGAUCCCAUACAUAGCGCAGGGAUCCCAAACAUGGUAGGACGGUUCGAUACACGACCAUCUCCCACCAACAUUUAAUAAUCUACAAACAUCAGUUUUAUAUCAAUCUUCACACUUAGCUCGAGCUAUUGACUGGUUCAAACAGGAGAAAUAAAAAACAGCUGUACGAAA